AUGGAAUCUCGAUCUAACUGUAAUAGCCAUCGAUUGACAAGGAAUAAAUUGGAAGCCAUCAGAAAUCGAUCUCAGAUGGUCGAAAAUGAUGAAGAAGAACGAUUGAUAGAUCAAGGGACUACUAUCAAGUUUUUUGGCUAUCGCUUAGUUAUGCUAUCGGCUUCUAGUUCUGUUAUUGAGCUUUCUUUCGCUAUUGAAGCCGUUAAUGCGAUACCAGCAUUGCUACAAUUAGGUGUCCCAGUAGAAUUCGCAGCUUAUUUAUGGUGUAUAAGUCCACUGUUGGGUUUUCUAAUACAGCCCUACUUGGGUUAUUUAUCAGACACUUGUACCUCUUCUUGGGGACGCCGGCGUCCUUUUAUGAUCAUUUACUUUCUGUUGAUGUCAAUAGGUCUUGGAAUAGCAGCUUUUAGCACCAAUAUUGGCUAUGCUAUUGAUUCUAAUCAUAGCAAAGUGGCUAUAGCCUUUGCCUUCGUUGGCUUUACUUUGUUAGAUUUCUUCCGUAACUCAUUGGAAGUCGUAUCGCGAGCUUACCUAAUGGAUGCAAGCACCGAUCAUUUUCAGCAAUUGGCUAAUAGCAUCUUUACAAUUAUGGCAGCUAAUGGCGGUAUCUUGUGCUAUGCUAUCAACGGGAUUAGUUGGAAAUAUUCGCUAGGAAAAUUUGUUGGUGGUCAAUUUCAAGCUGUAGGUACGAUCUGUUUGAUCUUGAUGACCAUCAUGAUGGCAACAUCUUUAAUUAGUAUGCCUGAAAAGUUAAGCUAUGCCGGCUGCCAUACUAAUCAGGGUAGUCGAAGUAGUAUAGCUAGUAACAUUGACGAUAGUUACUCUGAUGGCGAAUCCGAUAUUUCUCUCUCUCUUUCGCAACAUUCUCAUCCAUCAUCGAUCAUUCGACUUCAACGCUACACUGCUCAUCAUUCACACUAUUUCAAAGUAAAAGAAAUCUAUAGUUCGAUUAUUGGCAUGCCCCAUGAAUUACGUAAAUUAAGUUUAACCUGCUUUCUUGGAUGGUCGUCUUUCCUUAAUUUCCUAAUUUAUUACACCGACUAUGUCGGUCAAGAAAUUUAUAAUGGCGAUCCUACAGCACCCAUCAAUUCUACAUCGCACCAUCUUUACAUACAAGGGGUUAUGACAGCGUCAUGGGGAUUAAUUGGUUAUAUGCUUGUCUCUGUCAUCUAUUCGUUUAUGAUAGAAAGUAUUAUUAUUCAAUUCGGCCCAGCUGUAACAUUUAGUUGCAGCUUUGCCGUUGUAGGAUUGGCAAUAGGCAUCAUGACCACUUUAGAUUCUGUAGCACCUGCUAUUACGUUAGCCGCCUUUCAAGGCAUUUCUUUUGCUAUUAACUAUAGUGUUUCCUAUGCUUUACUAGGCGAAUAUCAUAAAUACUUUAAGGAAGAAGAGGAUUCACGUUGGGAACAUCGAGAAUUUGGAAUUGACAUUUCUAUCCUACUACUAUGCAUGUAUCUUGCACAAAUUUUGGUCGCUUUUGUGACUGGAGCUAUCAUUUAUGCUACCAAUUCGCCCAUUACACCGAUGAUUAUGUCUAGUAUUUCAGCUUUAUGUUGUGCUAUUGCUGCUGCCUUUUUAGAUCGUGUACCUAUUAAUAAGUUCUAA